AUGCCAUUCUCCGCUAGUGAGGAUUCAACAGAAAAUGGAUUAAAUGCUUUCAAAUGGCUCAUCCACCCCUUUGGCAUGAAAAAAUUUUUCAAAAUGGUAUUCCAGAAGAAAGAACUGCAUGUUUGUCAUAAUAAUUUGAAGUACUACGGCAAUUUAUUCAGUACUACAAAAUUUAUCGAUAUUUUACAAAUGGAGUACAUUGAAUACGGCACCAAUGUGAAUGUGGCCGUCUACAAAGAUCAGAAGCGAUAUACAUUAAAUGGUGUAGGGAAAGUGUAUCCUUACUCCAUAAAGAACAGUCUCCUGGAUGGCCAUUCAAUACAGUUUACGAAUCCUCAGAGUUUUUGUGAUAGUAUUUGGUAUUACUGUGAUUUGUUACAAGAGGUAUUUGGUUCCUUUGUGGGAGCGAAUACUUAUUUGACUCCGCCAAAUUCGGCAGGUUUUGCUCCUCAUUGGGAUGAUAUCGAUGCUUUUCUGCUUCAGCUUGAAGGGCGGAAAUAUUGGAAGAUAUAUAAACCUGUAGAGGAAGAUGAAAUGCUUCCAAGAGUCCCUAGUGAUAAUUUUACGGAUGAUGAUAUGACUGAUCGUACACUUGUUUUUGAUGGAUGGUUAGAACAAGGAGACUUAUUGUACAUUCCACGAGGUUUCAUUCAUCAGGGUUUUGCCGAUGAAAGUAUUCAUUCCUUACAUCUAACCAUCAGCGUUGGUCGGAAUAUUACUUAUGCUGACCUUCUGGAGGAAAUUGUUCCUCCUGCCAUAUCAAUCUUUGCUAAUAAGCAAGUGGAUAUUCGCAAAUCCUUGCCACUUCGUUAUUUGGAUAUGACUGGUGUAUUAGAUUGUAAUUAUGUGAUUGGAGCUGAAGCUGUUAGUUCAAAUUUUUGCAACUUUUUAAAAAAUUUGAACGAAACGGCUGUUGAUAUAAUGGCUAGAGAAUUCAUGAGAACAGCCCUGCCACCUAUGCUUACAACUGGUAAUUUAGCAUCUGUAGUUGUGCAAUAUUUUCAUUUUUUUUUCAGUUGUUUGACAUUACUUAUUUAUGAAUCAGAAGAACGUUGUUUCAUAGUACAUCGCAUGGCUAAUUCAAGAGUAUAUGAAGGAAGACCUGAAUUUGUUGGUGGCUUUGUCAGUUUAUUGAAUUCCUAUCCUAAAUGGUGUUCAAUAUCAGAUUUGAAGUGUGAUACAGCAGCUGAUAACAUCGAAUUAGCAGAACUUCUCUUCAGCAAUGGACUGAUUAUGGCCAAAUUUGGAAAAACUGUUUGGUGA